GCCACCUGUCGGAGAAGCGUGCACGUCUGGUGAUGGUUUGUUAUCAGAAGAGAGCCUCCAGAGAGACAGAGCUUUUGUUUUUCUUUUCCCAGAGAACACGCACUUAAUCUCCCGUUCACUCUCUACACAAAUAAUUUCAUUACCCCUCGCUCCGUCAGCGACGCCGAGCAUUCCACCAUAUUCCGCUGAUCCACCAGCCACCAGCCACCAGCCAGCAAAACUGCACAUCAAGACUGAAAUAUGGCGACUCACAGCACAACGCAGCGCCUCCUCCGUGAAUUGAAAGACUACACCAACAACCCGAACGAAGCUCUGCUACACUUAGGGCCUAUUGAUGAAGAUGAUCUCCUUCACUGGGAAGCUGUCCUGAAGGGCGUCAAGGGCACACCAUAUGAAGGAGGACUCUGGGCCCUCCACAUCACCAUCCCCCCCUCCUACCCGCUCACCCCGCCCACCAUCCGCUUCACCACCCGCAUCAGCCAUCCCAACAUUUCCUUCACGACCGGCGAGAUCUGCCUCACCCUCCUUACAACCGAGCAUUGGAGCCCCGUCUACACCCUUUCCUCGACCCUGACCGCCAUCCACCAGCUGCUGACCGACCCGCGGCCGGAGUCGCCGCUGAACGUCGACGUCGCGGCCCUGCUGCGCGACGGCGACAUCCCUGCCUGGGAGAGUGUGGUGCGGUUCUGGACGGAGGAGGAGCGGUGGGUUCCAAAGUGACUCUCACUUCCAGGUGGACUGACCGAGGACCGACAUCUCGAAGUAUAUAUAUAUCCUUGGCUGGGCCGUAUAUAUGGGCGGAGCUAGAGAGGUGCAAUGCGCCCAUUGGUCUUACUGAGUGUUUGGACAAGGUGGUGAGGAACGCAGACCUAUGUAUCCUCAUUGUGCUCAGGAGGGGUUGUACAGAGCUAGCUGGACAGACAGCUAACGUACCCGCGUUUGUAGAGUGAAAGCAACCCAGUGAGGGCUACCCAUAUCAUGACUUUUAGAAUACCCAUUCAUUUGAAGCUAACA